CAGCUCUCCUCAGUCCCAACCCUGACCCAGAGAACACUCUGAUUUGGAAGCUGAAGCACCAAGCCAUGUAAGGUCUGUGGAUAUCACUGCAGCCGCCUCAGACCCGCCUCCCAACCCUGGCUCUAGUUUCCCUGCUCCUUCCCAUCCUGGCAAAAGCCUCAGACUGCAAAGGAGCACUGCUAUUGCCUAGCGCCUGGGAGACCCUAGCCAAAAGGAAUCCAUUUCCGGUAGAAGCCUGCUCACCCUCAAGGAACGAUGACCCAGAAGACCACCCUAGUGCUUCUUGCUCUGGCUGUCAUCACCAUCUUUGCUUUGGUUUGUGUCUUGCUAGCUGGCAGGAGCGGAGAGGGGGGCGGACUGAGCCAACCUCUUCAUUGCCCCUCCGUUCCUCCUAGUGUCCAGCCCCAGACACACCCUGGCCAGAGCCAGCUGUUUGCAGACCUGAGCCCUGAGGAGCUGACAGCUGUGAUGAGCUUUCUGACCAAGCACCUGGGGCCAGGGCUGGUGGAUGCAGCCCAGGCUCGCCCCUCGGACAACUGUGUCUUCUCAGUAGAGUUGCAGCUGCCUGCCAAGGCUGCAGCCCUGGCCCACCUGGACAGAGGGGGGCCCCCACCUGUGCGGGAGGCACUGGCCAUCAUCUUCUUUGGUGGACAACCCAAGCCUAAUGUGAGUGAGCUGGUGGUGGGGCCCCUGCCUCACCCCUCCUAUGUGCGGGAUGUGACUGUGGAGCGCCAUGGCGGCCCCCUGCCCUAUUACCGGCGUCCUGUGUUGGACAGAGAGUAUCAGGAUAUUGAGGAGAUGAUCUUCCACAGAGAGUUGCCCCGAGCUUCUGGACUCCUCCAUCACUGUUGCUUCUACAAACAUCAGGGACAGAACCUGCUAAAAAUGACUACAGCCCCCCGUGGUUUGCAAUCAGGGGACCGGGCCACCUGGUUUGGCUUGUAUUACAAUCUCUCCGGGGCUGGGUUUUAUCCUCACCCCAUUGGCCUGGAGCUUCUGGUAGAUCACAAGGCCCUGGAUCCUGCCCUCUGGACCAUCCAGAAGGUAUUCUAUCAAGGCCGUUACUAUGAGAGUCUGACUCAGCUGGAGGACCUGUUUGAGGCUGGCCGGGUGAAUGUGGUAUUGGUCCCAAACAAUGGUACAGGUGGGUCCUGGUCUCUAAAGUCUCCAGUGCCACCAGGCCCAGCUCCCCCUCUGCAGUUCCAUCCACAGGGACCCCGGUUCAGUGUCCAGGGGAGUCGAGUGACUUCUUCCUUGUGGGCUUUUUCUUUCGGCCUUGGAGCUUUCAGUGGCCCGAGGGUCUUUGAUAUCCGCUUUCAAGGGGAGAGAGUGGCCUAUGAAAUUAGUGUCCAGGAGGCCAUAGCCCUGUAUGGUGGAAAUUCCCCAGCAUCGAUGUCGACCUGCUAUAUGGACGGUAGCUUUGGCAUUGGCAAGUACUCUACCCCCCUGACCCGUGGGGUAGACUGUCCUUACCUUGCCACCUAUGUGGACUGGCACUUCCUUCUGGAAUCUCAGGCCCCCAAGACACUGCGUGAUGCUUUUUGUGUGUUUGAACAGAACCAGGGACUCCCACUCCGGCGGCACCACUCAGAUUUCUACUCCCACUAUUUUGGGGGUGUUGUAGAGACGGUGCUGGUGGUCAGGUCCGUGGCUACCUUGCUCAAUUAUGACUAUGUAUGGGACAUGGUCUUCCACCCCAACGGGGCCAUAGAAGUCAAAUUCCAUGCCACAGGCUAUAUCAGCUCAGCAUUCUUCUUCGGUGCUGGUGAGAAGUUUGGGAACCGAGUUGCAGAGCACACCCUGGGCACAGUCCACACCCACAGCGCUCACUUCAAAGUGGACCUGGAUGUGGCAGGGCUGAAGAACUGGGCCUGGGCAGAGGAUAUGGCCUUUGUCCCCAUGAUUGUACCUUGGCAACCAGAGUACCAGAUGCAGAGGCUGCAGGUGACUCGGAAGCUGCUGGAGACAGAGGAGGAGGCUGCCUUCCCACUGGGGGGCGCCACCCCACGCUACCUCUACCUGGCCAGCAACCAGAGCAACCAGUGGGGGCACAGGCGAGGCUACCGCAUCCAGAUACUCAGCUUUGCUGGGAAGCCAUUGCCUCAGGAAAGUCCCAUAGAGAAAGCCUUCAGCUGGGGGAGGUAUCACUUGGCUGUGACCCAGAGGAAGGAGGGGGAGCCUAGCAGCUCCAGCAUCUUCAACCAGAACGACCCGUGGACCCCCACUGUGGACUUCUCCAGCUUCAUCAGCAAUGAGACCAUUGCUGGGGAGGACUUGGUAGCCUGGGUGACGGCUGGCUUUUUGCACAUCCCACAUGCGGAGGACAUUCCCAACACGGUGACAGUCGGGAACGGCGUGGGCUUCUUCCUCCGGCCGUAUAACUUCUUUGACGAGGACCCUUCCUUCUACUCUGCCGACUCCAUCUAUUUCCGGGAGGACCAGGAUGCCAGGGCCUGUGAGGUCAACCCCCUGGCUUGCCUGUCCCAGACUGCUGCCUGUGCCCCCGACCUCCCUGCCUUCUCCCAUGGUGGCUUUGCUUACAAAUAACUGUCACCAAGAUGGACAAUCUAGUGAAGAUCUGGGGAGUAGAGCAACCCGGUUCCUUCUGUCCCCACAACUCCGAUGUCCCCUCUCUCUUCUGCUGCCCUCCUUGUCUCCCCCCGCCCCCCACCUGCUUGGAACAUCCAUGGAUGCCUGACACCCAGGGACAUUGAGCUUUGCUGGUUAUGUCUGUACUGAGUUCUUGCCUUGGGAGAAGAAUAAUAGCCUUGUUAGGAUCCUGGAGUAAUGGCUGUGGGGCUUGUUUGGGUUUGGUUUGGUUUGGUUUAAAGAUGGUUCCUUCCUCCCCCCCCUCCCCCCAUGUGGUUUUCACUAAAGAAAUUUUAUAAUAGCUUUGAGGACUCUGCAAUGAGGAUAACUCUCUAGAGACCCCAAAAAGUAGGGUCUCUCUGACUCUUGCACAUCUACAGAUAAGCCUGGACCCGAGUGUGGAAAUCUCAGAGAUGCAAUGGAAAGUCUCACUGGGGUGGACCAGGCUUGCCUGUCUCCUAACCACGUCGGUCACAGGUCACAUACCAGGCAGGAGUAGUGCUUGUCCCUGCUACAGCCCUGCUCUGCUCUCUUUAAGGGAGAUGGUCAUAGAGAAAGCAGGUGGCUUGGGGGUGCUGUGAUUAUGAUGAAUGAUUAUUCUAUUCCGCUGCUCUCUGUUCGACUAUGAUUCUGGCCUCUGUGCAGUAGCCUGCUGUACCCAGUUUGGGACGGUGAGAUAGGAACCAUGUGUGGGCAUCAAAGGUGAGAAACAGAAAACUCUAGGCCCCACCCUCCCCCUCCUCCCCCCUCACACUUCCUCCAGAACGACCCAACUAACACAGCAUCUGUCCAAUCAGAAGCAAGCAUGCAAAUGAGCCUGAGUCUGAUCUGGCUUGGUGGGACCUGGUUUGGGGCUUCUCUUUGCUGUGUCUCAGAUCUUUGCUGAGAUCUGGACAGGGGUUAUACACACGUGACUAAAACCAACAGACACAUCAUCUCCUAGCAGUCUGGCCAGCCCCAUUGUUAACUAAUGUUAUCAUUGUUAUUAAGGAAAGAAAGGUGCUGGAAAGAUGGCUCAGUAGCUAAGUACGCAGACUGUUCUUGCAGGGGACACACAUUCCGUUCCCAGCACCAUUAUUAGGUGCUCACAACAAUCUAUAACUCCAGCUCUAGGAGAGCCAAUGUGCUCUUCAGGGGCGCCUACACUCAUGCACAUACCUUCACACAGACACAUACAUAUAAAUAAAAAAUAAAAUAAUUUAGCCUGGCAUGGUGACACAUGACAUUUAUCCCAGCAUUGGAAGGCAGAUCUCUGAGCUUGAGGCCAGCCUGGUCUACAGAGCGAGUUCCAGGACAGCCAGAGCUACACAGAGAAACCCUGUCUUUCAAAACAAAACAAAAACAAACAAAAAGAGUUCUUUAAAGACAAAAGAUAAACUAAAAAUGAGUAGGCUCUAAGUGCAUAUUUGUUUAUUUCUGCAUUCUUUGAGAACUGAGUAAGACCAGUUACCUCUGGGGAGGAAGAUGGGUUGAGAGAGGGAAUCGGUUCUGCAUGCCCUUCUGGACAUCCUGAAUUUGGAACUAUGUGACCAUAGUGCCCUGUCAAAAUAAAUAAGUGGGCUAUACGUGAA